AUGGCAUCCCCACAGGCUCCCCAUGUUGUCAUCUUCCCUUUCAUGGCUCAAGGCCACACUCUUCCAUUACUAGACCUCUCCAAAGCUCUUUCCCACCGCAACAUCAAAGUCACCAUCAUCACAACUCCAGCCAACGCAAAAUCAAUUGGCAAAGACACAGAAAACCACCCGAACAUCGGACUCGUUGAGAUCCCAUUUCCCAUCAUUCAUGGCUUGCCUCAAGGCACAGAAAACACCUCCCAACUUCCAUCCAUGGAGUUCUUAUUCCCAUUCCUCAUGGCCACCAAACAGCUCCAAAAACCCUUUGAACAAGUCCUCCAAGGCAUGAGCGUGUCCAAAUCACUUCCCAUCUGUGUCAUUUCAGAUUUCUUCUUGGGCUGGACUCUGUCUUCAUGCCAAGCUUUUGGGGUGCCUAGAUUGGUUUUUCAUGGCAUGUGUGUCUUGUCAAUGGCCAUAUGCAAAUCUGUGUGUGUGCACAUGCCACACACAAAAGCAAAGUCAGUUUUGGACCCAAUAGACUUGCCAGGCCUCGAGCUUCCCUUUCAUCUGAGUGUUUCUGAAUUACCAGCUCAGCUCAUUCAAGCAACUGAUCAAAACGACCCGUUUUUCCAGUUCAUGUCUGAUGUGGGGCAAGCUGACUGUAACAGCUGGGGGGUUGUGGUGAACAGCUUUGAGGAGAUAGAAAGCGGCACCGUUUCAUCAUUUGAAACUUUCUAUGAAAAUGGAGCUAGGGCUUGGUGCUUGGGGCCUCUUUUCUUGUAUGACAAAGUUGAAGGGAUCAACAAACCCAUCAGCCAGAACCAACCCAACAAGUUGAUCCAAUUUCUCAAUGAUCAAGUCACUCUGGGCUCUGUGCUCUACGUCUCAUUUGGAACACAAGCAGACUUGUCAGAUGCUCAACUUGAUCAAGUGGGUUUGGGCUUGGAGGAGGCUUUGGUUCCAUUUCUAUUGGUGGUGCGGUCAACCACUUGGUCUCCACCUAAUGGACUAGAAGAGAGGUUAGAAGGUAAAGGAUUGAUCGUAAGGGAAUGGGUGAACCAACAUCGAAUACUAUCACACCGAGCGAUCGGAGGGUUUUUUAGUCAUUGCGGGUGGAACUCGGUGAUUGAAAGUAUAUCUGCAGGUGUGCCCAUUUUGGCUUGGCCUAUGAUUGCCGAACAGUCUUUGAAUGCCAAGCUUGUUGCUGAAGGGCUUGGGGCUGGACUUGGGAUUAGAAAGUCUCAUGAUGAUUUGGGUUCAGGGAUUGAGGUAUCAAGGCAGGCAAUUUGUGAAGGUGUGAGAGAGUUGAUGGAAGGAGAGAGAGGAAAGGAUGCAAGGGAGAGAGCACAAGCCUUGGGAAGAGUUGCUUGGCGUGCAGUUCAAGAAGGUGGCUCAUCCCAUCAAGCCCUAAACAAGCUUAUUGACCAACUUUGUGCAUUUUCUGGACAUUAG